GCCGCUUAACGGUUUGAAGUGAUCUUGUAUAUCGUUGAUUCACAACACAGACCACGUUCACAAUGAAAUCGAUGGUGGUGUUGUUCGCUUUGGUGGCGGCGGCGUGCGGCUCCCUGGUGCCGCUGGCUCAGCCCCCGCAUCACCCCGCCGUGGUGCUGGACCCCCACGGCCGCCCGCUCGACACCGCUGAGGUCAUCGGAGCGCGCGCCCUGCACCUUCAGGCUAAGGCUCUGGAGGGCCACUACGCGCCCAUCGCACACUCCGUUAUCGCUCCCGCCGUGGUAGCUCAUGCCGCACCUGUGGUCGCGCACUCCGCCUACGCUGCACCUCUCCUCGGUCACGGAAUCCAUGGUCUCGGACAUUUGCUGAAGAAGCGCUCUUUAGGCCACCUCGCCUACAGCGCCCCCGUCAUCGCUCACGCCGCUCCCGUCUUCGCCGUAGCUCCUUCCGCCGUGUCACACCAAUCCCGUGUGGAUGUUCACUCUAGCCCUGCUGUGGUGUCUCACUCUGUGGUCGCUCCCGUGGUCGCGCACGCUGCCCCUGUGGUUGCCCACGCAGCUCCCGUGCUCGCGCACUCCGCCUAUGCCGCACCUCUUCUUGGCCACUCCUACGGACUCCAUGGACUCGGACACUUGCUGAAGAAGCGCUCUUUGGGCCACCUCGCGUACGCUGCUCCAGUCGUCGCUCACGCCGCUCCCGUCCAUGCCCAUGCUGCUCCGGUUUUCGCCGUGGCUCCUUCUGCCGUGUCUCACCAGUCCCGUGUGGAUGUGCGCACUAGCCCUGCCGUAGUGUCUCACUCCGUGGUUGCCCCCGUGAUAGCUCACGCCGCCCCAGUGGUCGCUCACGCCGCCCCCGUGGUCGCUGUAGCUCCUUCCGCCGUGUCCCACCAGUCCCGCGUGGAUGUGCGCUCUAGCCCUGCCGUUGUCUCCCACUCGGUCGUGGCUCCCGUAGCACACAGCGUGUACGCUGCACCCAUCGCGCAUUCCCAUUCCUACCAUCAUUCCGCUCCCUUGAUCCAUUCCUGGUAAAUGAUAUAGCUAACAAAUCUUAGAUUUAGUAUAUGUUAUAUGGAAAAGAUGCGCUCGCCGACUGUCUACAUUGCUACGGAGAUGCUACUCGCUUCAGUGUUGGUGCACAUAAUAUCUUCAGUCUUUUUCGGACCGCGCCGCCACGAAAGUGAAAACUAGAAUCGACGAAUGUUGUAGUUUUCAUUUUAAUAUAUUUUAUUGAAAUGAAUAGACAAAUUAUACAAUUUUCCACAUCCUCACUACGAUUUUUUUAUACCACCUAUUUUAUGUACUUUAAGUAUUUUACAGUCUUAUAAGUUUUUGGGUUACUAUGAUAAUAUCAAAAACAUUAUGACUUAAUUGAAUUAUUUUGUCGUUAUAACUGUGAAAGGUCCCUCGGUUGAUAUUUAUUUACAUAAAUAUCAAAUGGUGGAUUUCAUUGAGACAAGUUCACUCGCCUGACGCAUUCAUAAUUACAGAUAUCGUAUUUAUGAAUAAGUGUUGCUUACAAAGCUUAUAUCUUUAUAUAUAUAAUUCUUCUGUGAGUGUGUAUGUCACUGAACUUCUCUUAAACGACUGGACCGAUUUUGAUGAAAUUUUUUGUGCGUGUUCAAGGGGAUCUGAGAAUGGUUUAGAUUCACAAUUUUGUCCGCUGGACAACCCCUAUUUUUUUUAGGGCGGUACGAAGUCGCUGGGUCAGCUAGUUUUAUAUAUAUUUGAUUAGCGUGAGUUGCACCAACUUGUUUUAACGUAAAUUUCCAUUUCAGGUCAUGGUAAAUUCUUAGUAAAAUUUAACUUUAACUAGCUCUGUGGUCUAAAUGGUGUAUAGUGAUUGACCUAACCAUAAUGUAACUCCUGCUAUGGAAGGGUUGUUUUUGGUACAGGUGUUUUUACGCUUAAAAAAAGAGCCUACCUUUUUUAUGUAACCAGAUGUAUGGUAAAGAAAUAAAUCAUUUUUAUUUAGUUUUAAACUUCCAUUUAAUGACAAAAAACUAAACUCAAUUAAAGUGUUAGUAAGAGUGGCCUUAGCUUAAAUCGUAAAAUAUAAAUCGUUAGACCACAAAAAUGUUCCUAAAAACCACAUAUAGUAUACAUAAUAAUGUUUGAUGUUUAUAAUGUUUUACUACCUAUCAGGUCACAUUUCUGAUGUGAUGUAGGGCUACUUUGUAAACAAAAGAGUGACUAAAAUUUUGCCAAAUCGAUUUAUCGAUAUUGUCAAAGUAAUGUUUGACUACUUUUUCAGGGUUCCGUAGUCCUGAUAAAAAAUAUCCUAUGUCUCCAUCCAGGUCGUUAAAUAAUUGCGUACCAAAUUUUAUUCAAAUCCGUUCAGUAGUUAUUGCGGUUUUUAGGGCUCCGUAGUCCUGACAAAGAACCCUUAUAGUUUCAUCAUGUCCGUCUGAACGUCCCCGGUUUGGCUUGGAGAUUAUUAGCACUAGAGAGCUGGAAUUUUGUGGAAAUAUAUAUAUGUAUAUCAAUUACGCCGACAAAAUGGUUGUAUAAAAUUUUGAAAAAUAUUUUUUAGGGUAUCUUCCCUACAUGUAGCCUGGGGAUGAUUUUUUUUCUCAUCAUCUACCCCAUCGUGUGGUAUAUCGUUGAAUAGAUUCUUUAAAAUUACUUAUAGGUUCCUAAGACUAUUUUUCGAUUUAGGGAUCCGUUUGCGAAAUAUUGAACUUUAAAAUGCUAAUUUUUUUUGAGUAAGGGUAAAAUAUAAAUCGUUAGACCA